UUUUGGAACUGUUUGUUCCCGCCAAGUGCUGAUCGCUCAUUAUUUACUCAAUGAUUAAUGAUUGUACGGCAGGCUAUCCACCUUCCUAAUUCCCGUCUACAACGUUGAAACCAUUCUGACUGGACGAUACAAAACAGGAGCUGGUAUAAUUUACAGCAUCAUUUUAGACUAUUAUAAAACCAGGUGCCUUAGGGAUGAAGAGCUGGUUUCUCCUUCCUCUCCUGUUUCUGGCAUGUUGUUGCCAUGGCACCUUCUCUUGCCCAGCCCUUUGCAAAUGCUACAUAUCCCCAAGAAAAACAGAGGUGGUCUGUAAUGAAGUCCCCCUCACCCAGUUCCCCUCCUACGGUCUUCCAAGCAACACAACCUCCCUCACCAUCCAGUUCACCAACAUCAGCUCCAUCUCAGAACAGCACCUGAGAGCUACACCCCUUCUACAGGAGCUCUACCUGUACAACAACAACCUGAGCACCCUUCCCUCAGAUCUCUUCAGGGGUGUCCCUCACCUGUUCUCGGUGGCUCUCUCGGGUAACGCAUUGGAUCAGCUUCCCGCCAAUGUCUUCAGCCACGCUCCACUGCGUGACCUGGUGCUGAAGAACAACCUGAUCAGCAGUGCGGAUGCUAAUUGGCUCCCUGACAACAGUAACCUCACCUGGCUGGACCUGUCAGGGAACCGUUUGACGGCCGUACCCACAGCCCUGUUCCAGAAACUACGCCAUCUGAAGAACCUUGACCUCUCACAUAACCACCUGGAGAAGCUCCCGCCAAAUUUGUUACACCCUCUGACCAAACUGGAGAGGCUGACGCUGGAGGCGAACAAACUCAGCACCCUGGACGUGUCUACCUUCAGUAACAACCUCAACCUGACACACCUGUUUCUUCUGUCGAACCGGCUUGGACAACUGCCACCAACCCUGUUCCAUGGCCUCCCAAACCUGGCGCACCUGAGUCUGGAUGAUAACCUGCUGAGCCACAUCCCUCCUGGUCUGCUGGACCAGCUUCACUCCAUUGAGGAGCAGGGGUUGGACCUCACGGUGAACCCCUGGGUGUGCGAUGGCAAGGUGGAGUACCUGUGGAGGUGGCUGCAGAAGAACCAGAAGAAAGUAUUCCUGGCCGAUGACAUCAGGUGUGCCAGCCCUGAGUCUCUGAAGGAACGAUCAGUUAUGUCACUAACUGACAGUGAGCUAGGACUCUGAUCCAUCAAACCUUUUUCACUCAGAUUAUGAAUUAUCACUUUAACCUAUCUCAAAGUGUGGUCUAUUGAACUCCUAUCUCAAAUGAAUCUAAGGUAAUGUUGGUCUAUUGCAUAUUGUGUAUUUUCAUCAUAAUUAUGCACACAUCCACGUAAAUAAAAAAGUGACCUGAAUUGGAAUUUUAAAU